AUGAGUUACAAAGAAAAUAUGAAAGCUACUCCAGCUGAAAUGGUGUAUGGAACUACUCUAAGAUUACCGGGUGGAUUCUUUGUUACGAGCGAAGUGAAUCCUGAUCCAGAGAGAUUUUUGCAAAAGCAUGGUGAAUACAUGCAUGCCUUACGGCCGACGGCGACUGCACACCACUCAAGAUCUAAAAUGUUCAUUUUGAAAAGCUUAGAUACCUGUUCUCAUGUCUUCAUCCGCUCAGACCACGUGAAAGUACCUUUAGAACCGCCAUACUCUGGUCCCUUCAAGGUGGAAGACAGAAUAUCAGACCGUGUCUUCAAAAUAAAUGUAAAUGGUGAGAUUAAAACAAUUUCUAUUAACCGCCUUAAACUGGCAUUCAUCACCAAAACUGAUGACUUGUGCAAUGAAGGAGAUCCUCUUCCUGUCCAGCCACUGCGACCACAUCAUUGA